GGCACAUAAAUAUAACAUAAACUUCAAACAAAUUCCAUCAACCAAAAGAAAAUGGCGAAUACAGUUGCAGAGCUGGUAUUCAUCCCUGCACCAGGGGUCGGUCAUAUCAUGUCCACCGUCGAGAUCGCAAAACUACUCGUGAAUCGAGACCAACGCCUCUCCGUAACCGUCCUUGUCAUCAAGCCGCCUCCUGGCUCGGGUCUGGGCUCGGCCAUCACCACCUACAUCGAGUCGUUGGCUAAGAAGAGUUUGGAUCGCGUAUCCUUCGUUGAACUCCCUCAAGAUGAAACCCCACCAUCUCGCGACCCAAAAGCACCCAUGACUUCCUUCCAUGAGUUCAUCAACAGUCACUGUAAAUACGUUAGAAGCGCUGUGGCCGACAUGAUGAGUCAACCGGGCUCCACCCGGGUCGCGGGGUUCGUCAUCGACAUGUUCUGCACCAGCAUGAUUGAUGUGGCGGAUGAGUUUAACGUUCCAACGUACGUAUUCUUCACUUCUAAUGCCGCUUUUCUUGGAUUUCAAAUGUAUAUCUUGUCACUCUGUGAUGAUCAGAACCAAGACGUCUUCGAAUUGAGCAACUCAGACGCUAUGAUACCAGUUCCAAGCUUUGUCAAACCGGUUCCAACAAACGUAUUUCCUUUAAUGGUCAAGACUAGAGAGGGGCUGAGCUUCGUUAUGAGGUUAGUCCAGAAACUGAGGAAGGCCAAGGGAAUCAUGGUCAAUACAUUCUUAGAAUUGGAAACACACGCCAUCAAGUCGUUGUCUUCUGAUAGCAGCGUACCGUUUGUAUAUCCGGUGGGGCCACUACUCAAUCUAGAAGGUGGUGCCGGAAAACCGUUGGACGAUGAUGUGAAGAGGUGGUUGGACGGUCAACCGCCGUCCUCGGUGGUGUUCUUGUGUUUUGGGAGUAUGGGAAGUUUUGAGGAGGUCCAAGUGAAGGAGAUAGCGUAUGCUCUAGAGCGGAGUGGCCACAGUUUCGUUUGGUCCCUACGUCGACCUCCGGUAGGAGAAACAACAAUCAUGAAUCCUAGCGAUUUCGAGGAUCCAAGAGUGGUGUUACCGGAAGGAUUCAUGGAGCGGAAUGCAGGAACUGGGAAAGUGAUCGGGUGGGCUCCUCAGGUGGCGUUGCUGGCUCACCCUGCCAUCGGGGGGUUUGUGUCCCACUGCGGGUGGAACUCGAUGUUGGAGAGUUUAUGGUUCGGUGUACCCAUGGCGGCAUGGCCAAUGUAUGCCGAGCAACAGAUGAAUGCAUUUGAAAUGGUGGUGGAGCUGGGAUUGGCGGUGGAGAUUAAAAUGGAUUACAUGAAGAAUUUGUUUAAUCCUAAGGCCGACAUGGACAUAGUGACGGCCGAUGAGAUAGAGGGCGGCAUAAGGCGGCUGAUGGCGGAUGACACCAUCAGAACAAGAGCAAAAGAGAUGAGCGAAAAGAGCAGAGCGGCGGUGGCAGAGGACGGUUCGUCGUAUACUUCUAUUGGCUGUCUUAUUCAGGAUUUUAUAAAAAACAUCUCGUGAAUCAGAGACUUGCAGUCUAUUUUUUGUUAAAGUUGAAGCUGGCACGAGAUCUAAUUCGGUUUGUAAAUCAUAAAAUUGUAAGGUGGAAAAUUGGGUAAAAAUUGAAAAUUAUCAAUAUCCAAAAAUGUUAUAUAAAAAA